GGGAUCCCUGUGUAAGAGAAAAGACCCAAAUAUUUAAUUCUUAACCAUCCACUCCUUAUAUGUACGUGCCCACAGGAUAACCAUGCCAGGCUAAAAAACAGCUGCAACCAAUGGAAAGAUGUCCCCCAUCCCUGUUUCUAUGACCCUUGAAUCGGUUUAGGUCCUGGUUGUGCUGUUCUUGCCUUGGUUCAAUCCUAAUUUCAGGAUGAAGUAACAAAGUCGAAAUCCACCAAGAUAAGCAUGAGCAUCCAACAAUAUGAAACCCUUGUCGUAGCUCAGAGUCUUUCACCUGUGACUCUUCAGUCAUAUCGUCUCCUUUCCCCAACAUCCUCCCUUAAAGAUAAAUCUACUAUUAUAGGUCAAAAUUAUAUAUCUAUGAUUUUACCGUACUGUAAAUCGAGGGCAGCCGGUACCCAAACCACAGCUUGCAACAGGGCUCUGUGACAGCUACACAUAAAUGCAUACACAACCUGCCAAUCUUUGUUUCAUGAUGACACCUUGGAGAGGCAAGUGGACUAUUUUCUGUCCCAUAUCCUUCCCCUACCCAGGAUGACUGGGGCUCCCCUCCCAAAUUAGUCAUGCGAUCUCUGCUCACCCUGAUCAUGGUGAUCUGCCGGCCCUGCUCCCAGAACAGGCACAUGUGAAUAUAAAUACGGAUUGUGCGACAGGGGCUAGUUCCCUCAGCUGCACAAAGGCAGCGUCUACAGAAGUGGUGAUACCGCAUGGGGCAACAUCUCAGCGAGUGAUUCGGGUAGCCCACACGCCUCAUCUGAAAGAUUGUGCAGAAAAUGGGUCAAUGUGAUGGCCAGACUUCCCUUCCCUCCCUGAUCUGAAUGGACCAGUCUCCUCCUGUUGGCCGAGUGGAGGAGACUGUAUUACUACACUUCUCAUUCUGCAUGAACAGGUGCCAGAGCCGAGCGCCUGUCGCUAUGUCUCAGAAAACUGAGGAAAUCAAGGACUUUCUACUCACAGCCCUGCAAAAGGAUGCCAGAUCUGUCAAGAUCAAGAAGAACAAGGAUAAUGUAAAGUUUAAAGUUUGCUGUAGCAGGUACCUUUGCACCCUAGUUAUCACAGGCGAGCAGAUGGAAAAGCUGAAGCAGUCCCUACCACCAGGUUUUACAGUUGAAGGAUAUCAUAUGAACCAGACCUUGGCAUUUGACUUUUAAAAAUCAUGAAAAGUAUAAAACAAAACAAAACAAACAAAGAAAAACACCACCAACUAUGACAAACCUAUAAACAAAAACAAGAAAAUAGCAACAAAACAAAACAUAAGGUGGAGAAGCAAUUGAAGAACACAUUCCAACCUGGACCUUCAAUCUCCACUGUUACUGUUGUCAAUGAAGAGCCCCCCAGACACACAAAUUUCAUGUAAUUGUUGAAAUAUUUGAAUUUAUAACUGAGUAAUAAACACUAACUAUUCAUUUUGCUCAUAAUCUUCACUCCUUAAAUAAUUU